AGCUAAGAUCAUGCAGAAGGCAGAGUAUAGUCCGUGGUCGGGAAAUAAUUUUCCCUGCAACAAGCAGAACAUGCUGGCGGUAAGCGUGAGCGAGAAGGAAGCUGACCUUCCGGCGGGCGACCUCAAGCAGAACGUCGAUGGAUAUGUCGAAUGUGGCAAGCGACCCAGCAUCGUCGCGAAAGUACUGAAUGUGAUAACAAAGUUGUGGGAUUUCGCCGGACAAAGCGAUACCACGUAUCCCAGACAGACCCCCGAACCAUCACCGUACACGAUCGAAAAGGAAAUCCCGUGCGAGAGGAAGACCAUAUCGGUUACCGCCACUAUGCCGAUAUUCGAGACGAAGAAAGACGGCACGGGGAGGUUGACGGUGCCCCUGGACUACGAUAGCACCGCCGACGACGUUGCCAUGACCCCGGCGGGGGUCUACGUCGAAGAUGUGCCACCCGGUGGGCGGACCACAACCCGUCCCGUUGGGCUUCGAAAGCGGCGAAAGCAGUCGGGCAAAGGAAACCAGCAAACGGCGGUAACGGGUUGCGGCGAGACCGUGAAGGUUGGAGGAAAAAAUCGAAAGGACAAGAAACGUUCAUACCUGCGAAACGAUAUAUGCGACGACAGUUUGCCCCUAUCGAUGGAUGAAUGGUACGAUUACCGGAACGACGAGUACGGGAUGAUGGACCCCAUCGGAUCGGGAUGCUACCUUUCGACCAGCUUCAGCCCUUCAUCGAUCGAAAGCGUUAACAGCUUCCAUGAUGCGCUGCAGGACUUUGGGGCGCUUGUGUUAGGUGCAUGCAUGCAAGGGUCAUUCGGGGCAGCAGGUCCUUCUUCCUCGUCGGCCGACGUCACUGUGACGACGUCGCCACACCAGCCAGGCAACUUCAGCGCACGACGCAGCUCCACGACACUCGCCCCGAGCGUCGAGGAACGCGUGAAACCCAAAUGUGAUAUUAAUUCCGAUCGGAGCGAUUUUGUUGUCGUAACCGAACGCGAAGUUUUUACGACUCCCUCGGCCAGCCCAGCCCGUCGGCGUCCUCCGCGGGGUCUGUGCACGGCCUUCACGUACUACUUCAACAAGCCACCCUCAACAGAAAGUCAGCAGAACGAGGAGGACGAAGAGGAUGACGAGGAAGACGACAGUGAUAACGUUACCGAGGACGAGUUCGACGACAGCAAGGGAUGUGGCGGUGGGAUAGAUGUCUACGACGACGAUGACGACAGUGUUGUGUUCUGCGACGAUUUCGAUGACUCCAACUCUUCGUCCGGUUUCGAGGAACGAAAGGUUCGCUUCUGCCAGAAACCGGUGAUACACGUGAUGAGGGCCUGGGACUUUGCCUACCGGCAGGCGCGCAAGGGCGAGUGGGAGAUGGCCGCCAGAGACCGCGAACGAUUCCGGAAGCGUAUCGACGACCUCGAACAGGUGCUCGGACCGGCGCUACAGCCGAGCGUGCGUGACAAAAUCUACGCCGAGCGUUUCAACCGCCCAGAGAGUCCCGCGCGCAAGAUGGAAACCACGGAAUUCCCUACCUGAAACGAAGUGUAACGCGAGCGAGGGAUACUUUCUAGGCUUUUUCUUUAUUUUUAAACUGAAUUUAUUUCGUGCACCUUCGGCACCUUACGGCGAGCGUUAGGUUUAUGUUGCAAUUAAUCUUUCAAUCGACCCUCCUCACACUGAUUUGCAGCAAUGAACUGGGUUGAAAACAAGUAAAGUUUGUGCAUUAUAUUUAUGUCCUCUAUACCUAUACCGAUGCGCUUUAUUCCUUAGGUUUGUUUUUCGUUCUCCUGGCCUUUGCCUAGCGCGUGCUGGUAUGAAAGUCAUACCUUCACGAUUCGCUUGCGCGAAAAGGGGCGGAAAUGUAAUUAAAG